GAUUGCAAAUGCGAUAAUUAAUAGUACAACUCGUAAUCAUGUAUUCGUUAAACCUGUGAUGUCUAUGGUGUCCAAAAUUCGCCGAUUCACCACCACGGUCUCACCAACGAAUACCUACGCUAUAAAUACGAGUUCUUUCUUUUUUAACCCAACGUCCGGCAGAGACACAAACAAUAUGGAUCCAAUUUCAAUUACAGCCACGCAGACAAUGCGAAUAAUUUUAUGGAAAACCCGACGGUUUUUGAGUGUGAUGAUGAUAAUCGUUAUUUAUCGAGUCUCACGGUUACCCGCCAAGUCUUACCCUUUCAAUUGA